AUGUCUCUCCCGCCCCACCGUCCUCAUCUCACCCCUGCUCGAUUCACCGGUCGUUCUCGAAUGACGGACCCUGCGCCGUUGGAUGGUGCGCAGGUCCAAGCCUCGAGCUCGUUCUUGGAUGAACAUCUCCAUCCUCCGCGCAAUACACGCCCUGGCCAUGGACGGUCCAUGAGCAAUCCCUUCCCCUCGCUGUUCUCGAGCAUGAGGAAGAAACAGAGUCGAGUAUUAUAUGGACGUUCUGACUCUGACGAGAGCGAUGCCGGAGGCGCCCGCGUUCCCAAGUCCCAGGGCAAGUCCCACCCGGGACCCAGUCGGAAUGGCCCAACGGGGAGUCGGGAUUUUGUUACGGGGCAAUGCAUGACUUGCGCCUCUCUGGUUCGGUGGCCCAGGGAGUUGGCGGUCUUCAGGUGCACCAUUUGCUCGACUAUCAAUGACCUGCAACCAACGUUGUCUGAAGGGAGGAGAGAGCGCCCAGAACAAGGAAGAUGGGCCCCGGAGGAGGCAUCUGGUCUUGCACAUCGAUCUCCGAGCUGUGAGAAGCCCCCUCAACUAUUUUCAGCCAACCCGAUAUCUCUCGAGCACAGUAGAGCCCUUAUCACGCAGUGUAUCAAAACAUACCUUGAUGCUGCGCUCACUGAGCCUUCCCGCGAUGAAGAUGCCGGUAGCUCGGUGCAAGCAAACGAACUCCAUGACCCAAGCUUGUCAAGAGUUGGUAAUGCUAGCAACGAAACUCGCAGGGUCGUCCCAAUACCGAUGUCGACGCUUUCACCACCCGUGUAUGGACUAGGGCCAUCGAGUGAUGGGUCCGCGGACCCUAAUAAUCCCAUGCGCCGUAACAGUCCCAUGUCUAGGUCGUUCUCAACGUCCUACCCCGAGAGACGGAGAGUUCUUCACGAUAUGGCCUCACACAAGGUUUCUUAUCAGAACUUCUCCGCCCCCGGGCCGGAUGCAAGGUCGAAGCGGAUCUUCGGACCUCUUGAAAACUACCUUGUCAGCUCAUUGGCCUCGUUUCAGUCACUGAACUCGUCAUUUGUGGUAGACCGUGCAAGUUUCAACGGCCAACUUGGAGCCGAGCCGGUUCGCCAGCGUCCCUGGGAACCUCGCAAGGACCCUGUAUGCGACGGUCAGCCCGUCGCCGAUCUGGAUCCAAAACUGCUGCUAUUAGGUGACAUUGCUGAGAACGGGUCAUGGUGGACUGGCGGCCAGGAAGACCCUAUACCGGCGAGAGUAGCAUCGCACGAAAGCGACGAUAGACGAUCUCUCACCAGCCAAAGAAGCCCCCGUAUCGACUGGGGCGAACUGGGCACCUGGUAUUCAACCGUCAUCAACUGCGGGCAGACCUGGUUGAGCAUAUACCAUGAACUGGUGAAGAACAACUCGUCCCUGGCGGCAACGGACGCGAGGCUUAAGGAGCUGGAAGCACAGCUCCUCCUGGCGCAGGACCACGCACAGCGACUGCUUCUGAAAGCUACAGAAACGAUACUCAAGCGGCCCAGCCGCCCCAUUAUAAGACCGUCGGAGCUUCGAUUCCUGCUCAUCAUCCUUGCCAACCCACUCUUAACCCCUUCCUACAGGCCAUUCGCCGGCGUGUUCAAACAUCCUGACGGGCUCUUGUCUGGUGCUCGUGAGCGUGCUUCGCAUGCCUUCUCUGGGCGACACUCGGGUAUCAUAAAGCGUAUCCUGGGUCUCAUUUCUAACACGCCCAAUGAGUGCCAGAGUCAUCUCGUGUCCUGGUUUGCAAGGUAUCCGCAGGCGCAGUUCAUCAGAACCAAAGACCUGGUCGGGAGUUUCUUGACCUAUCGCUUGAUGCGCCAGAGCGAGAAGAAACAGGAGGUCAGGGUAGAUAUCACUGGUGGGCUUAUACCUAACAUGUCGGCCGCUACGUCUGCCGCCUCUCUACGCGCUGCCUUGAGUCACCCGUCGGGGUCGAGCAGCAAGCAGGGAGAGAGACAAAAGAAGACUCUGUAUCAUGAUGAUUGGCAGAUCAGGGCUGCUGCCCAAGUCAUGGCAUUGAUUUUCGCCGCCAACAACUCGGUCCAUUCCAGGCCAAGGCUCCCGGAGACAUUGUCUACUAGCCGCAGCGACAAUACCGGCUUAGCAACAAGGAACGGGGUUCAGGCAAGGGGGCAGAUCCUUCCGACCAGCGAUUUCUAUACCACCUUCCUCGACGACGCAGACCUGUUGGCAGACUUCGAGGCUUGGGAACUUAGGAGGGGAAAGUUCUCCUUCUGCCAAUACCCGUUCCUGCUGAGCAUAUGGGCCAAGAUUCAAAUCCUCGAGUAUGACGCAAGACGGCAAAUGCAAACCAAAGCGCGAGAUGCUUUCUUCGACAGUAUCACGAGCAACAGGGCCAUCGAGCAGCAUCUUGUCUUGAAUGUUCGCCGGGAUUGCUUAGUUGAGGACAGCCUCAAGGCGGUCAGCGAGGUUAUCGGCAGCGCCAGUGAAGACAUCAAGAAGGGCCUACGCAUCACAUUCAGGGGUGAAGAGGGUGUUGACGCCGGUGGCUUACGGAAGGAAUGGUUUCUGCUACUAGUCAGGGAGGUGUUUAACCCCGAUCACGGCAUGUUCGUCUACGACGAGGACUCUCAAUACUGCUACUUCAAUCCGAAUUCGUUUGAGACCUCGGCCCAGUUUUUCCUCAUCGGUGUUGUCUUCGGUUUGGCAAUUUAUAACUCGACCAUUCUGGACGUUGCGUUACCACCCUUCGCAUUUCGGAAACUGCUGAUGGCAGCCCCUGCCCCUGCCGCAUCCCCGGCCGCCAUCUCGCAACCCCAGGCCAAGCCAACAAUAACCUACAACCUAGAUGAUCUGGCCGAAUAUCGGCCGCGACUGGCAAAAGGCCUUCGCCAGCUGCUUGAGUACGAAGGGGAUGUGGAAUCGACAUUUUCCCUUGAGUUUGUGGUCGGUAUCGACAAGUAUGGCUCUUUGGAGCAUGUUCCGCUUUGUAUCGGUGGAGAGAGACUCGCCGUGACGAACGCCAACCGGCGCGAGUAUGUCGACCUUUACGUACGUUACCUCCUCGACACAUCCGUCUCCCGUCAGUUCGAGCCGUUCAAACGUGGCUUCUUCACUGUCUGCGGCGGGAACGCCCUCUCGCUCUUCCGGCCAGAGGAGAUAGAACUCCUGGUUCGAGGGUCCGACGAGCCCCUUGAUGUGGCGUCGCUGAAGGCUGUUGCAAACUACGAUAACUGGGGCGGCAAGAACCCGGCCGAGUCCGAGAAGACAAUCCAAUGGUUCUGGCAGACGUUUGAAGAGGCAUCCCCCGAGAACCAACGCAAACUCCUUCUGUUCGUCACUGGAAGCGAUCGUAUUCCAGCCAUGGGGGCAGCCUCGUUAUCCAUACGCAUUACUUGUAACGGGGACGACUGCGGCAGAUAUCCUACUGCGCACACUUGUUUCAACGUUCUGUCAUUGUCGCGUUACAAGACCCCAGAGAGGCUGAAGACCAUGCUCUGGACGGCAGUCCGAGAAAGCGAGGGGUUCGGGUUGAAAUAG